CAAGAUUUUUAUAGGAUUGAUUCAUUCGAUUUCUGCGCAUAUUAAUGUAUUUCUUUUUUAAAGGGAAUAAUUGAUCGAAAAGAAGGUGUGUGAACGCAUGUGACGUCGAAGCUCCGCCUCCAGGCCGCUGUACACACGUGCAACAGUUCGGCCGAGAGCACCGUCUGACUUUGUGGAGAAAAAAAAAAACAGCGGCCGUUUAUAGACGCAGUUUUUAGGGUAAAUAUGGUGAAUCUGUCGUCGGUAAUCAGGCCGCUGGCCGCCCAGUUUCACCGACAACUCGUCAGAAGUCAGCGGAUAAUUCCCUCCAGAAGAUGUAACCUCGCGGCGUGUUCGAGCAAAUAUGUGUUGUCACAAAUGCAUCCCAUGUGGCAGGGACCCCUGGAGGUACCAGGUGGCGACCGCCAGUCUCCCAUUGAUAUUAUUGUGCGGAAGAGUGUUUUCGAUUCAAUGCUGAAGCCUCUGGUUAUGGAUUACGACCCACAGACCUGCCAGCAAAUCUGGAAUAAUGGUUACUCCUUCCUGGUUGAGUAUGACGACACGACAGACAAAUCUACUUUGAAAGGGGGCCCCCUCCAGGAUGAAUUCAGGCUGAGUCAGUUUCACUUCCACUGGGGUGAGAGCAACGCCUGGGGCUCGGAGCACACUGUGGACAGGAAGCUGUUCCCUGCUGAGCUCCACUUGGUCCACUGGAACGCUGACAAGUACAACCUGUUCAAGGAGGCAGUGAUGGAGGACAACGGUCUGGCUGUUAUCGGUGUUUUUCUAAAGGUGGGAAAGAGACACAACGGCCUGCAGAAGCUGGUUGAUGCACUGCCUGCCAUCCGACACAAGGGCAGUGUGGUUGAGUUUAACAGAUUUGACCCGGCCUGUCUAUUACCCACCAACAAAGACGACUACUGGACCUACCACGGUUCUUUGACCACGCCUCCUCUGACGGAGUCCGUCACCUGGAUCAUUAUGAAGCAGCACAUAGAAGUCAGCCAUGACCAGCUGGCGGUCUUCCGGAGCCUCCUCUUCACCUCGGCGGAGGAGGAAGUGCAGAAGAGUAUGGUGAACAACUUCCGUGUGCAGCAGCCUCUGCGAGGUCGCACAGUUCGAUCGUCUUUCACUCCCUUCCUGCAGGAGGCGCCACCAGCUGCAGGCGACCAGCACGCUCACUGACACUGCCCGACCCACACACACACACACACCUGGUGACCGCAAC